CCCUUUAUUUUUGUCUUCUGUCUCAUCUCUCUUUUUAAAACGACCUUUUGGUCACCUUUGUAUCAUUCUUCUCUUUCCUCUCCAAGUAUGGCCCUAUCUAAUGUCACAGGUUCAUCUUUGCCUGAGGGCAGUGAAGUGUCUGGCAGUAAGAUUGCCCUCUCCUUGACCCUGUCUGUGUUGGCAGUACUCACCAGUGCCAUCAACUCCCUGGUCAUCACUGCCAUUAUUGUCACUCGAAAGCUACACCACCCAGCCAACUACCUCAUCUGUUCUUUGGCGGUUACUGACUUGCUGGUGGCCAUCUUAGUCAUGCCCUUCAGCAUUGUAUACAUCGUCAAGGAGCACUGGAUCAUGGGACAGGUGGUGUGUGACCUCUGGCUGGCUGUGGACAUCACCUGCUGCACCUGCUCCAUCCUGCAUCUGGCAGCCAUUGCUGUGGACCGGUACAGGGCCAUCACUGACGCAGUGGAGUACUCUCCGAAGAGAACGCCUACACGUGCAGCCAUCAUGAUAGUCCUGGUGUGGGGGCUGUCCAUCCUCAUCUCCCUGCCCCCUGUCGUGUGGAGGCACCGUGAGAAAGGCAAUCAGACGUCAGGCCUUGAGGAGUCAGAUGAACAGUGUGUCAUCAAGCACAGCAUCGCCUUGGCCAUCUACUCCACCUUCGGAGCCUUCUACAUCCCUCUCCUUCUCAUCCUCAUCUUAUACUAUAGAAUCUACCAAGCCGCUAAGAGUCUGUAUGAUAAGCGAGGUGCCAGCCGGAUCAGUAAACAGACGAUGAACGGGCAUGUGUUGCCCAAGCGCAUGGACCACGGAGAGCCACACAGCCGUGACACCCUUAGUCCUCCUGAAAAGUCCUUCACAGACCCUUCCAUGGAAGGUGACCAUGUUCGCAUCACUGCCCGAAGCUCACACCGUGUACCCCGCCGGAAGAAGUCCAUCAGGCGGCGGCAUCGCAUCUCCGGGAGCCGGGAGAAGAAGGCGGCCACCACUCUGGGCCUCAUCCUGGGGGCGUUCGUGGUCUGCUGGCUGCCCUUCUUCGUCCAGGAGGUGGUGGUCAACACCUGUGGUCACUGUCACACAUCAUGGGAGUUGGCUCACUUCCUGACAUGGCUGGGCUACCUGAACUCGCUUAUUAACCCACUCAUAUACACCGUCUUCAAUGAGGACUUCAAAAAGGCCUUUCAAAAGCUCAUUAAGUGCACUCAGUCCCUUUGAGUAAUGCUGGUAGAAAGGUCACAGGCUCACUGGGAAUAGUCAGAUGUGUGCAUGAAACGGAAAUGAUGGAAAUGAUCUGUAGAGAAAUGAAAUCCUUCUCAGCAUUUUGUGUCAUUUGUGUCUAACUGAACGGAUAUAGCGCAUUGACACCUAGACAUACCAAUCCAAGUGACCUUCAUAUUCUAUUUUGGAGUGAAUAGAUGUCAUCAGGAUGACAAAAUACUUCAAAUACUUCAUUCUAGAAAAGGACAGUGAUAAAUGUGUACCGCGCGUCCAAAAGCAAUAUCAGUCUGUAAACUGUAUCACAGUGCACCUUAUAACGAUGUGAAAUAAUGUUUUCACAUUGCUUUCAAAUAACUGGCCAAAACACACAAUAACACAACCAUAAAUACGUUUUGAAUGGUAUAACAUU